CCACCUGCAGGUACAGAAUGCUGGCGGGCACUGGGGAGCUACUGCCAGCUCACCUGGAGGAAAGAGCGCGAACGGAAUUGAACGAGACGUCCCAGCGGCGAGCUGAAGCCCUCGAGGAACUGCGUGCGUUGGUCGACGGCGAAGCGACGGUACUGAAGUCGAGAACAGAUCCACUGUUCCUACUCCGCUUUCUGAGGGCCCGGAAAUUCAACACACCCGCUGCGUUUCAGUUGCUUUGCAACUACUACAGAAUGCGCUUCGAGAAUCCUGACCUGUACCAGAAUCUGUACCCUUCAAGCGCCAAGGAAGUGCUCGACCUACAGUGCCUCGGUUUUCUCGAGGACACCGACCCAGAGGGACGCAAAGUGUUCUUCCUGCGAAUGGGGAAGUGGAGCCCCGACGCCUGUUCCCUGGAAGCCAUGUACAAGCCGUGCACGCUCGCCUGGGAGCACGCGCUCGAGGAGCCGGCGACGCAGGUGAACGGCAUCGUGGCGCUGGUCGACCUCGAAGGCGGCUCGCUCAGACACGUCGGCUCCAUGUCGCCCGAGCACGCCUUCAAGAUUGUCUACUGCGUCCAGGAAUGUUACCCCAUACGUCUUAAAGCGAUCCACAUCGUCAACCAGCCUUUGUUCUUCACAAUUCUGCUGAGAUUCCUGAAGCCAUUUGUGAAGAAUAAGUUCUUCCAGCGACUUCACCUGCACGGAAGGAACUACGCCAGCUUGCACGAGUACCUGCCCCGCGAAAUGCUGCCACGUGAGUACGGUGGACUUCGGAAGCCCCUCGACAACUCGGAGUUCGUCGACGCCCUGCUGCGGAACGAGGAAGCCUUCAAGUUACACGAGACGUUCGGGUACCGGCAUCGACCACAGCAACUUUCUCCAGUCAUGUCCGACCGCGCGUCCACGGUGGGCAGCGGCGGAUGCUUUCCCCCGCGCAACUCCCGCGUCGAGCUGGCGCAGAAGCUGUGGCGCCGCUUCGCCCAUUCGCCCUUGCUUCCGGACGACGUAUCCGAAGGAUCGGUGCACGCCAAGACGCUGCACAAGUACCUGAAAAAGAUGGAAGAGUCCAGUGGCUCUCCAGCGAGACGCACCAUGAGUUGCCAGCAGGCGACGGCAAAAGAGACAGCUGCGGAUGCAUCACUGCCAGACCUCGAGAAUGUGGCCCGAACUGAGCUGGGAGAGACGGCAGAAACCAGAGAACGAUGCCUGUUGCAGCUGCGCCAGCUUAUCGACGCCGACACUUCCUUACUCUGGCCAACGGACGAGAAGUUCCUGGUUAAAUAUCUUCGGUGCCGAAAGUACAACGUGGAACUUGCCUUCAAGGCCAUGCGGAAGUACUUCCGCGUGAGGCAGAGCUCGCCGGAAUUUUUCAAGGGCCUCACGCCGUACACAGCAAGCUACGAAAAUGUCAUACUAGACAACAACCUCAUCAUGAUCUCCAAGCACAGAGAUCCCAUGGGAAGGGCUGUGGCUAUGAUGAAACUCGGUGCCUGGAACACUGGCAUCUGUCCAGUCAACGACCUGGUCAGGGCGGCUCUCGUGAUGGCGGAGUGGACCCUGCUGAACGAAGAGACUCAGAUACGGGGCGUCGUGGGCGUGUUUGACCUCAAGGGUCUAAGCAUAUCGCACCUCGCCCACGUCACUCCAUUCUUGCUCAGGAAGUUGGCACAUAUUGUGCAGGAUUGUUAUCCGGCACGCCUCAAAGCCGUUUACGUCACCAAUAAUCCACCGAUAUACGAACUUCUGUUCGCUGCUCUCAAGCCUUUCCUGAAAUCCAAGCUUUUGCAGCGGUUCCGGUUUUUAGGCUGUGACCCACGAACGUUCCACGGCCUGCUCCCACUUGACUGCAUACCGGCAGAGUUUGGCGGUACCCACGAGGACUUCGAUUAUUCGAGCCAGCACAUGGACGUGACCAGCACGAACGACUACUUCGAAUACGUCAAUCGCUUCGGAACGUCUUGGCGCCGCGAGAGGCCUUCGAACGAAGGUUACGCGAGAUCGAAAAGCGGAUAUUGGAGCCCUGGGGAGUCGUUAUGUAACCGUGCCUUCGAGCCAAGUGGUCAUUCGGUGCGUUGUCGGAAAGGGAACUCGGGGAAGGCCAUGACGAACACUGACUCUGCGGCGUCGCGAAAUGAAGCAGCAUUGCCGCCCAGCCUCGGACAUGUCGCCAAAGUAGAACUCGGCGAGACGGCAGAAACCAAGGUUCGCUGCCUGUCGCGUUUAAGAGAGCUCAUCACCGGGGACAAGUCACUGCUAUGUCCAACGGACGACAAAUUUCUGCUCAAAUUUCUGCGGGCCCGCAAGUACAGCGAAGAAGCGGCUUUCAAGAACAUCCAGAAGUACUUCCGCGUUAAGCAAACGUCGGGAGACUUCUUCAAGAAUCUCUCUCCGUACACGGUGCCUCUCAGCUCAGUGUUGCCCGACCACCGGCUUAUGAUGGUGUCCAAGAGGAAGGACCCAGAGGGAAGAAGAGUGGCCGUUAUAAAGAUUGGUUCAUGGAACACCGGCGUGUGCUCGGUAACCGACCUGAUGAGGUCGGCGCUGGUGAUGGCAGAGUGGGCACUGCUGGACGAAGAGACGCAGGUUCGGGGAGUCGUGUGUGUGUUCGACCUUAAGGAUCUGCGCAUAAUGCACAUGGCGCAUUUUACACCCGGCUUCGUCAAGAAGACGACUCAUAUUAUGCAGGAUUGUUAUCCAGCACGCAUUAAAGCAAUCUACGUGAUCAAUAAUCCCCCUGCGUACGAAAUUGUCUUCGCUGCUGUCAAACCUUUUCUGAAGUCGAAGCUUCUUCAACGGAUCUAUUUUAUGGGCCGAGACCUGCAAAAGCUUCACGGUGUACUUCCAGCUGACGUGAUACCUGUGGAGUAUGGGGGCACGCACGAAGACUUCGACUACUACAGGCUAGAAAAGGACGUGAAGAGCUCGAACAGCUACUUCGAGCACAUCAGCCGAUUUGGUUAUCGCACAGGCACCCUGAAAUAGCCAUUGAAUUUAGUCAGAAGCUAUACGAGUUGUUUGUUAUAAAGACUUCACGUUCCUCGUGACCAAGGCACGUUACAAUGUGUUUGCUUAACUUAGCAAUACGUCUCAAGUAGCAUAAGUGACAUUAGCUUAUGUUACACGGGGUGAUAAUUUUUCAGUUUACCGGAAUGUUUUAAAUCUCGCCUGUUGCAGAUAACAUAAUUCUAGUCCUUGAACUGCAUCAUUCCAAA